AUGAGCUUGACGAGCGGCGGCCUGGACUCGCGCCACCACCUCCUCCUCGCCGCCUCCGCCCAGGCCAAGGAAGUCCGCGUGCGCGAGAUCCUCGCCGAGUCCCCCGUCUGGAACACCCCGCCGACCUCGACGCCCUGCGCCAGGCCCUCCAGAAAGCCAGCACCCGCGGCUGCCUGCCCAUCUGCAAGCUCCUCCUCGAGCACGGCGCCCAGAUCGAGCCGCCCCCGCCGACCCCGCUAUGCAAAGGAAGCCUCCGCCCUCUACCGCGCCGCCGAGGGCGGCCGCGCCGACAUCGCCGCCUUGCUCCUCGAGCGCGGCGCCAAGCCCGACUGGCAGAACAAGGCCGGCGUGACCCCCAUUUUCCCCGCCUGUUUCCGCGGCCACGCCGAAACCCUACGCGUGCUCCUUGAGCGCGGCGCCGACGUGGACCACCGCGACGGCGACGGCGAGACCGCCCUCCUGUGCCUCGCCAAGCUCAAGAACCCCCAAGCAGUUUGCCAAACCCCGCUCAUCUGGGCCGCCUCCAACUCCAACCUCGGCCUGGUCAAGGCCCUCCUCGCCGAAUACCCGGGCAAGGUCGCCGCCGCCGCCGACGUCCUCGCCCGCACGAACCGUGGCCGCAACGUCCUGCACAUCGCCGCCGAGACCAACGCCGUCGAUGUCGUGCGCUACCUGCUGUCCGCGGUGCGGACCCCUCUGCACCAGCGAGGGCGGCUGGACCCCGCUCCACAAUGCCGCCCAAAGGGCCACGCUGAGAUUGUCGGCCUGCUCAUCGAGGCAAAGUCGAGGGUCAACGCCCAGCUCUCUAAUGGCAUGACUGCCCUGCACUGGGCCGCUGCCGCUGGCCACGAAGACGUCGUGUGCCGCAUCCUCGACGACCCGCACGCCGAUGUCAUGAUCAAGGAUAACCUGAGCAGGACUCCCAUGCUCUGCGCCGCGCAGGAGGCCAUUUCGAUCUUGCGCGGCGCCUGGCCCCUAAUAAUCUCCCCGAAAGGGUUCCCGCAGAGGACGUUCAAGGAGCCCGUCUACAAGGUCUUGUACGACCACGUACCUAUUCUCCCCCGAAACAUUGACUGGAUAGAGACCCUCCUAGCCAAAGCAUUCAUCGAAGGCAACUUUGAAGACUUCGAAGGCUUCAAAGCCCUCCAGCGCUGCUUCGACCAGGAACACCGCGGCUACUUUUCCCACGCCCACUUCAUGCGCACCUACUGCACGCGCGUGUCCGCCCCCAAGGCCGAGGGCCCCGAGUGCGCCCCCAACCUCACAAAGUCGCCCCUCGUCGUCGUCUCGGAAGAAGCCCCCGCCACCGCGCCCGGUUCCGACGGCGAGGGCGACGCGCCGCCCCAACGACCCUCCCUUUCCCCGAUGCCGGGUACCCCCGAACCCCCAAGACGCCGCCGCUCGGGUCGAUGCGGGAUCCCGCGGGAAUUGUGCUUUUAUGCCUUUCCUCCACUACGAGUCCUACGACCGCCAGCUCGACAUGGCCGACACCAUCCACCGCUUCAGAAAAGAUCCCCGCCAACGCGUGCCCCCAACGCUGGCCCAGACCACUACCUCAUCCAAGCAUACAUCAACCACGUUCCGCCCCUUCACCCUCGACGCACCCUCGAUCAGUACCUGUACUACGGCAUCGACACCACCGCCAGAGAUUCAGAUCAAGUCGUGUACCGGCACUGCCUCCGCGAGCGGCAGAAUCCCAAAGUCUUCAUGGUCGACCAACUGUGGCUCUUUAUCCUCGGAAGCGACCUCGUCAUUACCUGCUUCCCCCAACGCUGGAACCAGACCAAAGACGACCACCUCAAAGUCCUCGAAGGCGUCAUCGAGGACACCAACAUCAAAACCCGCUCCCCCAUCGCCUCGGUCUACGACCUCGCCAUGGUCAUCGUCCACCGCACCUCGGGCAUGUUUGGCCGCCACCUCAUGUGCGAGCCGCACUUCCAGUUCCUCGACAUGUUCGACAGCUCCAUCGGCCACCCCUUCAACGACUCCGCCGCCUCGUCCAUUACCGGCGGCGGGGACGGCGACGGCGACAGCAUGGAGGGCAAUGACAUCGAAGUCUCGGACACGCUGCUGGACAUUGGCCUCGAGACGAAGCUCCUCGCCGAAGUCAAGGACAUCCGCGACGAGCUGGGCAUCAUCACGUCGGUGCUCGAGGCGCAAAUGGCCAAGAUCCCCGAAUUCGAACAAAUCAUCAUCGAGGAGCUGCAGACCGAAAACGUGCCCCGCUCCGUCGAGAACAUCGUCAUGGACAUCAAGAAGCGCUCGCGCGAGAUGACGCGCCUCGUCUCCAUCUCCCUCACCGAUAUCAAGGACCGCAUGGACAAGCAGGCCGAGCGCAUCUACAACAGCCUCACUCACCUGCUCGACCUCAAACAGAAACACUCCAACGCCCUCGAGGCCCGCUUCGCCCGCGACCAGGCCGUCACCGCCGGCCGCCAGGGCCAGACCAUCAUGGUCUUCACCAUCCUCUCCGUCGGCUACGUCUCCAAGUACAUGUUUGGUAUCGGCCUCGCCAUCUCGUUACCCCUCAUCGUCCUCGCCUUUACUAUUGAUAAUAUCCACGGCCUGCUGCGCCGCUUCAUCCUCGGCGCUCUUCACGGCGUCCAGAAAACCCUGGCGCCUCUCGCGCGGCCUUCGCACGACGGCAUGUUUAUCCGGCGCGCGGGCGGCGAUAUGGGCUACUCGACCUGGGAGGCUCUCGGGUCUAGGGCUCGCAGCGGUAGUUACACGGCGGCUGAGUACCAGGACCUUGCUGCUGCCAGGCUCUCGCCUGUCCUCGCUCGCUGGAGGGGCGGCUCGAGGAGGAGCGCGUCGAGCGGAGGCAACACGGGCGUCGGGUAUGAUCUGGACCAUGCCGUUGGCUUCGGUGCGGACGGGGACGGUGGCAACGGCAGGCCUGGCUCGGCGGUCAAGUAUUACUGA